AUGACGACCGACGAAACAACACCGCUCAUUGCUCGUGAGAGGAGCAGCAGCGGAGUCGCCACCAAAUCCUCAUGGGUGCAACGGCUAUUCAAUGUGGAGAAUCGGAUUCUGUUUGCUGGAUUUCUGAUUACUCUGUCGUUCAGUUAUACUCAAGUACCGCUCUUUUAUGUAUUCCAUCUCAUGGAGUGCGAUGUCUUUUACGAUACUCAUCCCCCAUUCGAAGGACCUGGAGAUCGAUGCAGCCGGAAUGAGAUUGCGGCGGGAACAGCCACACAGUUCAGUAUUCUGGGCAUGAGCACAACUUUUUGUGGGACGUUUAACCUCUUUAUUACGGGUUGGGUAUCCAAGAAGUUUGGCCCAAGACUGGCACUCAUGAUGCAGACCUUUAUUCCGGCCAUUCGCGUCCUCACUCAGAUCCUUGGCGUAAUAGCGGGGAGGAGGACAGGCAUGAUGAUUAUUCAGGCAACUCAAUUGAUUACUAUUCUCGGAGGGCCAGCAGGCUACAUCCUUGUGGUAAACAUCAUCGCCGGCGAGGUUGUCGAGCCCAUGAGAAGAACAGCCGUGUUCGGCAUGUUACAAGGAGCAAUUAUGCUUGGACAAGGCAUCGGAUAUUUAACCGGAGGAAUGAUUGGCGAUGCAAUUGACAUCCGAGCGCCUUUCGACGUCGCUUUCGUGUCGUUCCUCGUCUCCUGUGCAUAUGCCUACUUUUUCUUGCCCUACAUUUCGCCCGAAUCAAUGUCCAGUGCAUCGAAACCUGGUCAGAAACAAGCGGGCGGGUUCCUCGCGCCGCUUCGAAUCAUGAUUCCCCAGCGUCUGCGGCGCAGCAACGGCACGAUCACGAAGCAUUUUGGCGUUAUUUUCCUGUGUGCCGGUAUAUUCCUUGGCGUGCUUGCAACUGGAUAUGCGCCACUUCUCAUCCAGAUGUAUGCCACCGCUGAAUUCAGCUUCAACCAAGCGGAUAAUGGCUGGCUCAUGGCUGAGUUUGCAUUCAUGAGAAGCAUUUUCCUUCUCUUUAUGUUCCCUCCCAUCAUCUCCUGGGGGCGGCGAUGGAUAACACGAAAAGGCGCCAGAGAUUCUCACACAUCCGCGCAGAAUGGGAAUGCUGCAACUCAACCGGGCUACAUUCCCACCAACCCUGGCGAAUUUGAUGCAACAGUCGGCCAGCAGGCAGAUGAGGAGCCGGUACAGUUGUCCAAGGUUGAAAACGACCGCGAAGCUUCAAAAUUCGACCUCAUCUUCUUGCGAUGGAGCCUUGUCGUGGACGGGGCGCUGACUACAGUUGCGGCUUUCGCCACUCAGCGCUGGCACAUAUACCUUGCUGCCUUUUUGCUUCCUUUUGGCUCUGGGUCCGCGCCGGCCGCGAAAGGCGUCAUCACGGAAAUGUGCACCGACUCGCAGCGGGCUGAUGCGCUUAACGCGGUGACUCUGGUGGAAAAUGUGGCAAGAUUGGCUACACAGGGCUUGUUUGGGUUUGUGUUUGCUGCUUUUGCUGAGAUUGGACACGCUUAUCUCACCUUCUUUUGUAAUGCGGCCAUUGCGGUUAUUGGCAUGGGAGUGUUGCUUUUCUCCAACUUUCCAGCUGCAGAUAGCGAGCUCAUUGACAAGGAUGAUAUUGACGAGCUUGAGGAAGGUGGUGAUUAG